AUGGGUAAGAAUUUAGGUAAGUUCCUGUGCGAUAAGAUAAGGAGCAAAAACUUGCACAAGUCGUGUAAAUCAUAUAGAAAUGUAUUUCAACAAACUUCGUACUAUGUGUAGGCCACUGUUGUAAGUGGAAAGUUGGUAAAAUUAUAAAUUAAAGUACUUCCUGAUGAAAUUAAGAAUUACAAAUUCCAGAACAUGAUAUAUGUGGAAAAUAAUUGUUGAAUUAAUUUGAAAACAGUUAUCAAAAUAAAAUACUUACAGCGUACAAAAUAAUUAUCAAAUAUGAUCUACACUAUUUCAUUUUUAUCCAUUAGUGUAAAAUGUGGCAGUUAUCGUAUGGUCUAACUGUUGAUUCAUCAACAGAUGCAAAAUAAAAUUUGGUAGGUAACAUAAUUUGGUAGUACUCAAUUGUUAAUAACAUACGAUGGGGAUAAUAUGUACAAGUUUUUAUGUUAUUUAAUUUUCUACUAUAAAUAUUACUUUUAUUAAGUAUAUUUUGCGAAGGUACCCACCUACCUGAGAGGUUCCUCAAAAACACAUAUUUUUGUGAGAAUAGCCAUCACUGAAUGUACAUAAGAUUACACUUCACCGACAUAUUAUAAAAUAUACGUUGUUAUCUACUGCAUUGAUAGUAAUAGGUGAUAACAGGCAAAUAGUACACACUCAUGUACACGGGAUGAGCGUCUAGGGACAGCUCAAGGAGCAAAUUAUCAGGAGCUAAUAUAGACGAUUUCUUAUCAAAAAAUAGUGAUAUUCUUAUUCAUUGACCUAAUGACUAUUAUUUAUUAACCUAGCCUAAUAACUAUAAGUUAAAAAACUUAAAAAUUUAAAAAAAACUACUUUAUAUCUGAUUUAGGUGGUACAUAAUUUAAAAGGGGCUCCGUCGGCAUUUGUCGACUAAACGACCGUUAAAUCUGCAACUAUUUAUACGUAAUUUGUAUUCGGUAGUUACUCUGUAAAUAAAAUUGUUAGACUAAACAGAAUUGCUUGAAAAUUUAAGAGGAGGCUCCUUAUAUUUCGUACUUUGUGAUAACAAAAAAUUGAGCUUUAUAAAGUAAUUUUUUUUAAAAUGGAAUUUUAACGAAAAUCAUUUGUGUAAAAAAUUAUGUGAAACAAAUCUAGUUACUAGUUCUUCUUUGUUAUUCAAUUUUUUUGUAUUGGACAUAAAUAUACCUAUUGCCGACUUAAGAACGAUGGUGAAAUCAAAAUUGAGCUGACUAACUUAGUUAAGAAAUCAUAGCUUUUUGAAGUGCUAAUAUUAUGUGAAAGUUAUAAUAUGUGUUAUGUUAAAAAACUCAACAAUGUCAUUUUUAUACGUUUUUAUAUGUUUGUUGUAGUCUAUUGGUAGAAAUUCAAACCUCAAACUCAAGUACGCAAUUUUUUUUUUUGUAAAACCACGUCGGGUAGGUAGCACGAAAAAGACAAAUGUAAUAUUGUUUUGAAAAAUAAAAUUGAAUGUAAUGUAGUUUUUUAUUUUUUUCUGUAAAAGUUUAAACUCAAAUUUUGACGAAAAUCGUAAUUAUUACGACCUUUCAAUACUUGUGUAACCAAACUUCGCUCCGAAUCGUUUAUCGUUAUCGAUGGUUUAUUGUUGGUUACAGGUAUAAAUUAAAUAUGUAUCCCACCUUCCUAACUUUUUAAUAUUGUAUCCACACAUUUAUAAUAUUUGUUUCUCGAUGUUUUCGGUCUAUACGGUGUAUAUAAUUUUUGCCUACUAAUAAUUCCUGAUUUAUUUUUCGACUUUAUUUUGAAUCAUUCCAUAACGGCGGAAAAAAUUAAAUAAAAAAUAUUUAUGCAUGUUGAAUAUUAUAGGUACCUAUCAUACUGAACUCAAGUUCAUGCAGUGAAUUAUUACUACAGACUAUAAUCAUAAUUUUUAUCUAAUAACCGCAGUGGUCUGUGGACUUUUAAGUUAUUUAUAUUCUGUGUUUGGCAAUAUAGAUAUAAUAAUAUAUUACCUAUAUUGAUUGAUAUCAAUAAUCGUGGAAUAGUUAAACGAUAAUAUAACUGGUUUGUCAGAUAGUAGAUAGUGUUUAACCCCGAGUUUAAUUUUAUAGUUUUUUGACGGGUUACGCCAAGACACGAGGUUUAAUGAUAAAGUAAAAAGAAACGUUUAUUUACGACAUAACAACAUUAAACAAGUGCUCCCCAGCUGACUGCUUGUGGCGCGAGAACGGCGCCGGUGCGAAGAGAGCGAGCGGAGCAGUCGAGACGUCGAGUCGAGCGGAGCUAUGGCCGAUGACUAUUGAACGCCGACGGCGAGGGGAAAGGCCGACGUCCGCCGCGAGUUACGCCAGCGGGAAGAAAGAAAUGUGGCGCGAAACCCGCCACAGUUUUAUAAAUUGGUGUAUCAAUAUUAUUAUCGUUGUUGGUGAUUGAGGAUUUGGGGGGUCUGCGAACAGAGAACAAACCUUUGUUAAACCCAAAGACUUACUAUAAUGUUAUAGGUUUAUCUAUAACAAUAUAGUAAGUCUUUGGGUUUAACAGCAUCAUUAGGUUUAAAAAUAACCCGGCAUAAUUUUACUACCAUUAAAACCUAAUAUUAAUUAUUACUUGAAUUCAUUAUGACUUUUCUCAACAGCAAUAAGUGUAUAGAAAUUAAAUAUUGAAUGCUUCAUAUUUGUUUAAUAGAUAAUUUGUUACUAUUUGGGUUCAGUCCGGGUAAGUAGUGGUUGAUUAAUGAUAAUAUAAUUAUUAAGGUGUUAAAAUCUUGUUAAAAUUUUGUCAUUAUCCAGUAAAUACAUAAUUAUAAUAUAAUAGAUUAUUCAAAAAUCAAUAUGCAUUGUAUGAAGGGCAACCUUGACACGGUGGUUCCUUGUCAAGGCAGCGAGCCACAGGUAUUCUAUUAACGGACGGUCGCCGGUGUGCGGGGGCUUGGCGGUCAAAAACUAGUAGACUGUAUAAUAUACAUUAAAUGUAUUUAAAAAUGUCAACACUGAGAUAUAGAUAUAUGAAUAAUACUGAAUUGAUAACGCAAUGAAUUUCAAUUUAAAUACGCUUGAUAAUAAAUGGCAACAUAAAUAAAUCACAUAGAUAAUGAUAUUAUAAGGUAUGCUUAACGCCAUGGUUUGUAAACUUAUAAACUAUAGAAACAAUUUUAUUAAUAUAUUGAUUACGUACCGCGUUGAUACGGUUGUGAUAACACCGUGCGUGUUUGUACAUAAUUCAAUCUGACUCCCAGCAGUCACAUUCGGUUGACGUCAGAUAUGCCUAGCCACCGGCAACCACAACGGGUUUGAGGACAACCACGCGACGAGACGCGCACAACUCGUGGACGUUUCGGUAAAAAUGCCGACGGGGACGCGACACGUAUCGGAAAAACGAGACGCCUAACAACUACGGGAUGGAAAACAACGUACAACCACGCGGCGAAUCGCGCACAACCAGCAUACAUUUGAAUGACGACAGAACGACUGACGCGGACGAGAGAUCUGACAUGAAUGCACGUAAGAGACGGUCGCGCGGGGGGGGGGGAACCGGUCGACACCGUGUCGACGCGAGUCAGGAACAGAACACGGCACCGACCCAUCGAUUUUUGUGAUAGAACACGGAACAGUACCGUAUAUACAUUAUACAUACCAUUAAAUAUUAAUUGAGUUUUAAUAUUCGAAUAGAUUAAACUAAAUGACAAAAGCAUGCAACAUUUAUUUCAAAAAAUUAUUAAUAGCCUCAAUUAAUUCUGACCUGCUCAAUCUAAUUAAAAUUCGAUUUGACAUCAAAUUAUGUUCAUAUAUAUAAAAUAUGGAUGCAAUUAACAUUUAAUUGUCUUAAUACAGCAUUUUUUUUAUUAUCUAUUUUAGUCACAUCCGGAAUAAACAAUUACAUUUAUGCAUGGAAUUUAUAUAGUAUGUACUUACAUUUGAUUUCAAUAUUUAACAUACCUAAUCCAGACAUAUCUACACGAAUCAAAUAAUAUAAAUUGUUCUAAAUUGUCUAAAUAGCAAAAUUAAUAUUACAUUACUUUUUACUUAAUUUUCAUUAUAAACUUGUAACUAUAUAACUUGUAGCUCAACUUGCAGCACUAUCUCUAUAAUAAUAACAAUUAGAACCGCAUAAUGUAAUAAAAUAAAAAAUUAAAGAAAAAGAAGGAAAGAGAAUAAAGAAAAAAGUGGGGUUAGCAUAAAGGGGUUAAUGAAAGAAUUGUAUGUAUGGUAACCAGACGUACUCUUUUUCAUAGGACAGUACUCUUUUUUAAUGCAUUGUUCUAUGUCCUUAACAAUAAAGUUAAGUACAUGAAAUUGUACUCUUUUUUUUUUUUUUUUUAAUAUUAUGAGCUAAUACAUGUUUAUGAUUUUGUAUAAUUUGAUUAUUCAUUUAUAUUUUAAUAUUUUAUGGUUUAACCUAAUGCAUUCCAAACGUCUACAAGUGACUGACAAUAGUAGCGAUAGCUAGUGAACUACUGUUUGAUGAAAAAAAACUCAUUAUUAACACCACAAGUACCAGAAACAUAUUAAUAAAGUUUUGUAUUUAUUUAUUUAAAUGUUUACCUUUUAAAAUUAAUUUCAAUAUAUAUAAUUUAAAUUUACUUAGAAUUACUUAAAUUUCAAAGUAUUUUCAUCAUAAAAACACAAACCAAAUGAGUUGAUUUUAUGAUUUCAAAUAAGUAGUUUUUAUAGCUGAUAAUAGAAAAAAAAAUAGAGUAAUCAGAUAAGGAAAAAUGCAUAUAUAUGGAGAUGAACUAUGGGCAAAAUGGGUAGAAUAGUAUACACAUUGGCCAAUUCUUUUAAGGGAAGGUUUUUUUGUAAUGGAGGACCUAAAUUUUAAAAUGUACUUUUUUUCAAAUUUUAUAUCUGGUCACCAAAAUUAUAGGUAUAUUAUGAUAUAUUGUGUUGUAAUAUAAUAAUAUUUAUAUGUAAGAUGUAUAAUGUAAGCACGCAGUGGUCAAUCCUAACCAGUCGAUAGGAUGGUCGAAGACAGUGUUGCCAUAAUACGCAAUCGAGCGGAAGUUAUUUGUAAUGGAACUGAUAAUUUUACUACGUUACAUUUGAUCGUUUAUUACAAAUAUUUGAAAUAUUAAAUAUUUAAUGUAUUACAAAUUUUAAUUAAGUUUUUCAAUGACUACAUCCCCGUCAACAAACUGGAUGGACCACUGAUAUAGAUGAGAAGUUGGGAGGAUAGGAUAUAGAGGGGAAUUUAAUGUAUUUAUUUUAGCAAAAGUUAAUCAUUGAUAACGAAAAAUGAUUCUGAGUGGAGCUCAGUUAAUAGUAUUGCUUUUUCAGCAAUAUAAUAUAUAGAUAUGUCAUAUUAUAGUAUAAUGUAUAUAGAGCGACUCACUAAGUGUGCUCACCUCAUUUUUUUGGUUAAAUUUUACAUAUAUUCAAAUUCUGAUUUUUGGAAUUUUUAAGUGUAGUUAAAGACGAUGUUUUCAAAUAUUUAGAUUUUUCACAACAUGUAAUGAGUAUUUUGUGUCAAUAUCAACUUUAAUUUUUCAAACGAAAACCUAUUUUAAAAAUUUCAUAAACAGACUGAGUAUUACUUUAAAUAAAUUUAGGUGUCAACAUUUUUGAUUUUUGUCAACCCGUUAACGAGAUAUUGAAUUUUUAAGUUUAGGUAGGGGGAGAAUAGUGGAGAGAAGUAUACAGUUUUCAGAAAAAAUUAUAAGAAACCGUAGCCAUAUCGGUUUGCACGAACACCAACAUUAAGAAAAAAAAGUUGAAUUAAAAAUAUAGUUAUACCAACAACGCAAAAAAAAAAUAUUGUUUCAUAUUAUGUAUUCAUGAUAACCGGACUUGUGCAAAACCACGUCGGGUAUGUAACUAGAAAAAGUGAAAAGCAUUAUAGGUAGAAGUAUCUUUAAUUAGUAUAACACCAUAACUUAUUUAUGUAUAGCCAUAUUGGAAUUAGGUACUUAUUCCUUAUCCCGAAAAUACGAUUAUGGAAAAAUACGAAAUACUAAAAUAUAGUACUAUGAUACUUUAGGAGAGAUCGAAAUAGAGGAUUCAAAAUAGAGGAUAAUUCAAUAUAUAUCUGUACGCAUUGAUUAAUCAUUGCUAACGAAAAACGAUUCUAAAUGGAGUUUGGUUACAUAUGUUUUUAAAGGCUUUAAUAUUUAUAAUUUGAAAAUAAUAUAUUUCGUAAAUUUUUCCAUUUUUCCUACGUGUUUUGCCAUUAUGAAAACCCCUAGAAGGAUCAAAACAUUUGCUGCUUAAAGUACCAUCUCAGUCAAAUUUCAUUUCAGAAAAGAUCCUACAUUUAAAAAUUGGAAAACAUUUCUAAUAGAAUAGUUUUUCACAUAAAUAAAUAAAAAUAAAAUAAACAUCAUUGUAAAACCAAUACAUUCCUCGUUCCGCUCAAAAUCUAAAAAUAUUAACGGAAAAUAAAGUUUUAACUAAUAUUAUGUUUUAUAUUAAAUUAAAUUAUCUAUAGGUAGUGGUCUUAAUACGAAAUUGGAAGGUAAGAUAUUUUUUAUGUUGUAUGCAAUCAAUAAAUAUAGUCAUGUUGGGAAAUCAAGUAUUUAAUUUAAACAGACAUGUUAUGAAAUAUUAGUUUUGGUUUAAAUACUAAUAUGUAUUUCAGAAAAUGGAUUAAUAUAAAUAUUAAGUUUUUUGUAAUAAUCGUUGUUAUUAAAUUAAUGCAAGAACGUCAUCAGAAAAUACCUCGGUUAUUUUUAGCGAUGUUUUGUCUAUAGUUUUUUCGUGUAUGAUGUUCACGAAUAUUUUUAUAAUCUUUAUUCCUAGUCUCUUGUUCUUAUAUCUGUGCAAGUACGUCUGUACUAAAAUUAUUAUAUUUUUGUUCACACAUAUAUUGGUCAUUGCAGCUAUCGCAUUUCCAUUUGUAUAAUAUUAAAAAGCUUUCUAUACCAUUUUCUUUUAUAUUUUAUUCAGGGAUUAAAAAUAAUCUUUUGGUCAUAUUAUGAUUUAAAAGUUCUAGCAUUUUGACUUCACAACGUGUUUCUGUAAUAAUGCAAUUACCCGGAUUACAUUUCUCUUAGUCCACUAUAAUAAUAUCAUAUGGAGGAUAAAUAUCGGCAUUUUUUUUCUUCACAAAUAGCCGAAUAUUGAUAUUUUGUUUUUUUGUUAAGCUGUUGUCAACAAAAAAGCUAAAGCUUUAUCCACACUAUAAGGAAUAGGUUUUAUGUCAUUAUGUCAUCUACCACGUCUAGCAUUUGUAAAUAACAAUUUUACGUAUUGUGUUAUUAAAUUGUAUACAAAUAAUUAAUUUUCUAUACAAAUUUUGAAAUUUAAAAAAUUCACCAUUUAUUAUGACAAUAUGAUGUUGUGCAUUGCAGAUGCAAGAAUUUCUUCUACAAAACGCAUAUAUUCGGUGUAGGAUAAAAUUGAGUAAAUUUUUAGUUAAAUCUUUGAAAAAAAAAACAACACAAAAACGUUCGAUUUAUAUGAAUCAUAACAGUUGUUAGGGACAUACAUUUAAAAAAGAAAAAUUGUAUUUUUUUUAUUACCAAUUCUAAUACGUGAGUAAAUAAUCAAGCAUUUUAUUGUUUUUAUUUUAUGUAUUUUAAUAGCCAAAAAAAAUUAAUGAGCUAUAGUCAUUUUUAUUUUCAAAAUAAAAUUUGUCUAGUUCACUUAGCUCCAAUUUAAAAAAUAUUAUUAAACUGAAAUGUUACAUUUACACCUAGUAAUCAUAUACUAAUAAGAUCCUAUAAAAAAUAAUUAAUUUUUUGAAAAUGUUUAAUGUCCUAUUUUUGCUACCCAAAUUUCAUUCUUAAACCACUGUGCGUCGGUCUACGUGACGAAUCGUCGUUCUGACAUCAAGAAGUUUAGAGACACUGUCAGAGUCCAUCUGCAUCACGUUGAAAAUUUGUUUUAGGCUGUUCCACGUUAUUACGUCACGUCGCGAUUGCCCAACUGAACGCUAUGCUUAACAUUGUUAUUCAAUUUGUACGAAAUUUGUCGUGAUCAUUAAUUAUUUAAUCAUACCGUGUUUGUUACUUAAAUAAAUCAAAAUAAAAAUAUUAAUAUUGAAUUAAUAAAAAUAAUAAUAAUAAAAAUACUACAUGUGUUUUUAGGAGAUGCAUACCUGUAUUAUACAUAUCUUACAGCUGAAAUUGAAACUGGUAAAUAUGCGUAACAAUAAAAUAAAUUCUAAAAAAUAUGAAUGGUUGGAUAUAUAGCCAGAUAUUAAAAGGUUGAUUACACUAGAAAUCAUAUGAAUGAACAUUAUAAUAUUAUAGUAUUGUUUACAUUUAAUAUGCAAUAACAAAAACAUUAUCUUUUAUUUCAGCUAAAAUAUUUGAUUCGGAUCAAUGGUGUGGAACUAUGAGAUUAGGUUUGUAAUAUUAUGUACUAUUAGCUAGAUAGAUAAUUAUUAUAAAUGUGAAUAAUAAUAGAUUAGAUUAGAUUUAUUUUUGAAUGCAAAAAAGAACUAUAAGUUAAUUUAAAACAUGAAUUACUUUUAUUAAUCAGGAAUUUUAUUUAUUUUACUUUUAAACUCGACUUUAAAAUGAUUAUAGUAGACCUGUGGAAAAUUUGUAUUAUCAUUAUAAAAAUGAUAUUUAAAAAAUAAAUUUUACCACAAAAAUGCCCAAAAAAACCAUAUAUUUUUUUUUAUAAAAUUUGGUAAAAUAAUUAGUAUAAUUAUUAUUUUAUUAAAAAAAACUGGAAUUUAAAAAAUUGAUACGACGCGGAAAUGAUAUUGACACGCAUGUCUUUUGGGACAAAAUUAUUUAUUCUAAACAUAGCAAAAUAAUAUAACGGGGUUGACGUUUCACUGCAAUAAUAAAAAUAAGAUAAAAAUUGAAUCAAAAUAAAUCGAAUCAUUGACAAUGUGUAUGGAAAAACCCGAUAAACCUAUUAAAUAAAAACAACUUGAAUAUCCAGAAAACAAUUUAUCUUUAGAUAAUAUUUUCAAAUUUAUUAAUAUUUCAAUAUUUUUAAAUUUGUAAUGUUUCAUCAGCGUUUAAAAAAUGCUCUUAAAAUGAAAAAACAUCCAAAUAUGCAAAAAAAUGCAAAAUAAAAGUUACAGCUUUGAAGCACCCAUUACAUGAAACGAAUUAUGUACAUUGAAAACAUUAUCUAAGAUCAACUGAAAAAAGAUACACUUUGCAUUGAAAUCUGGGUCUUAGUAACGACUUACCAGUUGAGCCAGUUUGAAUAUGGGAUGUCAUCUAGCUGGUCAGUGUCGAUACCUACUGCAAUUGAAGUUUAGGAUUAAGUUGAUAGAAUAAUGACGGUACAAGAUGCACAAUUUAAAAAUAGUAAUAAGAAAGGAAGUUCAGUGUGAACUCCAUGCUAAUGUUAAUGAAAUUAACCUAAAAUUCUUGUAUAUGAAGAAAACAUAAUAAAUUACAUGGAAAAUUAAAUAUUAAUCAAUCUGGUUUUAUUGACAUACGACAUAGUGUUUUACGUGACCGGGACGCUGAUUUGAAAAGCGUGUAUCAGAAAAUCAUCCAAAUAUAAUUUGUUAUGAUUUGUUAUCAACUUUAUAAAAUGUAUACCCUUACUAAACCAAGGUUAUUAUCAUUCCAAAGUAAGGGGCUAGACUUCUUCCAAUCAACUGAAAUAAUUUCAAAUACGUGUAAUUAUUCAGCUUAAUUUGUAACUAUUUGUGACCAAGUUUUUAGUAUUUGUAAAAUUAUCGUUCAUCCCCUAGAAUCGUGACCAUACGGUUUUUAUCAUUAAUCAAUUUUUUGGAGUUUUAAGAGUUCAGACUGCAAAACUUUGAAUAUAAAAGAAAAAUUUAAGCAUACAUUUUUAUCUUUGCUUCGUUAUAUAUUCGGUCAUAUAGUGUUCAUAAUAUACACAUGACACAUAGACAUUUUAACUGAUAAACUUUUAGUACCUGAUAUCAUCUACCCUAAAAAGUUACAUUUUAGAUGUUCAAAGAAGCUAUUCUUUGCACUAACAUGUAAGUGCCGGUCGGUUGAUUUGGUAGGUUAACAUAUCUUUCCAAAUUAUUAAACUAGCAAUGCAAAUUCAAAUAAUUAAAUAGGACUUUAGCAGUAGAUGUAGAUGAUAUUUUAAUAAUGAAUACUAAAUAUAUUGAUAUCACGUUAUUUAUUUAUUAAUUAUCCGAUGUUAUUUCUUCAUGGCAUGUAUACAAGUAUUCGUGUUAUAAUAAAUUGACUAUGUUUACACAUUUGAAAAGACAAGAGAGGGAACAAAAAAAAAAUUGAAAAAUUGUGUAAAAUAUUUGAUUACAAGCUACAAAAAAAAAAAACACCUAACAUUGAGAAAUGAUAUCAGUAGUAGGAAAUAGGAGGUUCUAGGCUAGAAGCCCGAGCCUGAGUCUAAGCCAGAGCUAUACCUAAAACAUGAUCGCCCGAAUUUUUCACCACGGAUCGACUUACCACCCUCUAUCACCCUAUUGUCACUCUUAUCACAGGUUAUAUUUACUGUUAUCAUUGUUUGAUACCACGGUUAUACUUACCGUUAUCACGUUUUAAUACCACGAUUACAUCUACUGUAAUCAAUGCUAUAUACUGAAUCAAAGAACAAACAAAAAUAAUGUUUUUCUGUUUGCCGAAGCUACAACAUUUUCGAUUAUGGUUUAUAGUUCUCGUAAUCGAAUCGAAAAAUCAAGACGGAUGCAGAGUUUUUAAAAACUGUGUAAACCUUCUAGAUCUUAAAAAUUUGAUUUUGCAGAACAUCACACGUUUAGAGGAAGCGAGUAAAGUAAGUCCAACAGACUUUAUUUAAAUAUGUAUAUCAAUUAACAUAAUAAUUUAUUUUAGAUUUUUGAACCUUGAGCUAUUCGCCGAUAAUACCACCACUACAGCUAUCACUCGUAAAGAAAGAGAGAGAAGGAUAUGACGUAUGCGAGCCGUACUAACCAGGAAAAAAAAUACAAUUGUUAAAUAACUAGUAUGUAAAAAAAAAAAUAAAAACAC